AUGGAGGAUGGAAAGGAAGCAGAAGUGGGCCACAGAUCCGGUGUUAUGCUAAGGCUAAAGAAACAACCACACCAGCCACUUCUACCGAGCUUGUAUCUCACCAAUGCCAGAUCCCUGGUGCAUAAAACGGAUGACUUUGAAUUACAACUCGCUGGAAAUCACUAUGUUCGUGACUGCUGUGUUUUGAUUAUCACUGAAACCUGGCUUCACCCGGGGAUACACGAUGCUAGCAUACAGCUAGCAGGUCGCACUUUGCUCUGCUGGGACAGGACAAAGGAAUCCAAUUACAAUUGUGAGAUGCUGCUUGCACUAGCAAUACUGUGGGUUGCUAUCAUAAGAGGAGAAGAGCCAAGCUGCCUCUUGUAUGACAGUGCUGAAAUGCCAUUAUUAUCAAAAGAUGGAGACAUUAUUCUUGUAGGCAUUUUUAACAUUCACAGCCAUGACAAUAAUCUGCCUACAUACAAAUCCAAGCCUCCACCGACUGAAUGCAAAGUUUUCAAUGAACGAGAAUAUCAAAAUGCCAGAACUAUGAUUUUUGCUAUAGAAGAAAUUAACAAUAAGAACAAUUUACUACCGAAUAUUACUGUGGGAUACAAAAUAUAUGAUGCCUGCUCAUCUGUACAGUUAUCCAUUAAGAAAGUGUUAGCUCCACUAAAUGACCCUGCAGACAGAAAGCCUACUAAUAGUUCCUGUAGCAUCAAGCAAUCAUCUGUUCUUGCUGUAAUUGGGAUGUCUUCCACAACAUAUACACAAGCAGUUUCUUCAAUAGCCCAGGCUUUUAUAAUUCCACAGAUAACUUAUUUUUCUACUUGUUCCUGUCUCAGUGACAAAACAAAGUAUCCAACAUUAUUAAGAACAGUCCCGAGUGAUUAUUAUCAAAGUAAAGCCCUAGCCCAGCUUGUUAAACACUAUGGAUGGAAUUGGGUUGGGACUGUAAGAACAGACAAUGAUUAUGGCAACGAUGCUAUGGCAGCAUUUGCACAAGCUGCUCAGGAAGAGGGCAUUUGUAUCGAAUAUUCUGCUGUCAUAUUCACUGUGAUGACAAGGCAAAAAUACAUUAACAUUAUACGACUUAUCAAAGAGUCUUCUGCUAAAGUUGUCAUUGCAUUUGUAAAUGCUGUAACUAUGAAAACAUUUGUUGAAGAAUUACUUCUAGAAAAUGCAACUGGAUUACAGUGGAUAGGAGAUUUAAGCUGGAUGACAAAGCGGCUCCCUGCAAAAGAAGAAUAUUACAGAAUUUUAGGAGGUGCCAUCGGAAUGGCGCUGACCAAUGCUGAAAUUCCUGGUUUAAGAGACUACCUUGUAAAUAUUAACCCUUUAACAAACCCUGAAGAUGUUCUACUGAAAGAAUUUUGGGAAGGAACGUUUAACUGCACUUUGACAUCCAAAGAUGAGAGUAGAAAUAAAUGCAUAGGAUCUGAGAAUUUAAGAGAUGUAAAAACAGAAUACACUGAUGAGCAUGAAUUUAGAGUUCCAAGCUGUACAUACAAAGCAGUGUAUGCUGUAGCACAUGCAUUACACAAUCUUCACAAUUGCAAGGAUGGCCAAGGACCAUUCAUCAAUAAAACGUGUGCAAACAAAAUGAAUCCAGCAUCAUGGCAGCUUCUACAAUACCUAAAAGCAGUAAAUUUUACUACGAUUUAUGGAGAUAAAGUUUAUUUUGAUAUAAACGGUGACACUGACCAAAAGUAUGAAGUGGUAAAUUGGCAAAUGGGUGAAGGAGGUCUCAUAAAGUUUGUAACAGUUGGCUUGUAUGAUUCAUCUAUGCCAGAAGGAAGGCGCAUUAAAAUGAAUAAUGUCAGCAUCAUUUGGGCAGGAGAUAGAAAACAGGUACCUAAAUCGGUAUGCACCGAAAGCUGCAAGCCAGGAGCUCGCAAGGCAAUUAGAAAUGGACAACUUAUUUGCUGUUUUGACUGCGUACCUUGUGCAGAAGGUGAAAUAAGUAACACAACAAAUGCAAUUGAUUGCUUUAGCUGCCCUUUGGAUUAUAAUUCAAAUUUAGAAAGAACUCUGUGUAUCUUGAAGGACAUUGAAUUCCUGUCUUUCAAGGAGGUCAUGGGCUCAUUACUUGUCCUGUUUUCGUUACUAGGAACUUUCAUGACCAUAUGUGUUUCAGUAAUUUUCAUCCUCUACCGUGAUACUCCAGUUGUGAAAGCCAAUAAUUCAGAACUCAGUUUUCUUCUGCUGUUCUCCUUAAUCCUGUGUUUUCUUUGUUCACUUCCUUUCAUUGGUCAGCCAUCAGACUGGUCAUGUAUGCUGAGACACAUUGGUUUUGGGAUCACCUUUGCACUUUGUAUCUCUUGUAUUCUGGCAAAAACAGUUGUGGUGUUGAUGGCUUUCAGAGCUACACUACCAGGCAGUAAUGUCAUGAAGUGGUUUGGUCCUAGUCAGCAGAGAAUGAGCGUUGCAUCUUUCACAUUAAUUCAGGUUUUAAUUUGCAUGUUUUGGCUAUUAUUUUCACCUCCCAUUCCUCAUAAAAAUUUUAAAUCAUAUAAAGAAAAAAUAAUCUUAGAGUGUGAAGUAGGGUCUGUGCUAGCAUUUUGUGCUGUGCUCGGUUACAUUGGAUUUCUUUCUGCAGUGUGCUUCAUCCUUGCUUUUCUUGCUCGCAAACUUCCCGACAACUUCAAUGAAGCUCAGCUUAUUACUUUCAGCAUGCUGAUAUUCUGCUCAGUCUGGAUCACUUUCAUCCCAGCUUAUAUCAGUUCACCUGGCAAAUACACCGUAGCAGUUGAAAUAUUUGCAAUACUGGCUUCUAGUUUUGGAUUACUCUUUUGCAUAUUUGUUCCCAAAUGUUAUGUCAUAUUAUUAAAGCCUGAGCAAAACAAUCGAAAGUAUCUAAUGGGAAAAAUGCCUUCAAAAUCACUUUAGGAAAAAUAUAAUUUUCAGUACAUUCUCUUUUUGUGGAUAAAAGCAAAAAAGAAAAAAAAACAUAAAGGAAAGUAUUCUUGUUCACUGACAGUCAUUUAAGUGCUGAU